GUCAUUUUGACGCAUGAUCUUCAAUUGUCUGAUCUUCGUAUCUUUGUUAUACAAAGCUAGGAUAUCCCCGCGCUUAUUGGCUAUAUGGCAGGCAAUCAUGAUCAGACUUAGACGUCAACGUACGUCCCGAUUCGCCACAGGCCAUAGCGCAAUGAUUUGAAUUGUCCCACAGGACAGACUACAUAUGAAGCCUUGGAGCACUCGACUCGAAUCUCCGCAGUUGUCUCUGGUCUAUACUUUCCCCAAAGUCAAAAGCAAUAAAAAUCGCAUCGCUGCGACGUACUUCAACUCCCUCCGAAGCCAUUGACACAUCUACAUACUAUACUACCUACCUACGACACCUCACCCACCUUAGCGAGCAGACUAUCGCAAGAAAAGUCUCCUCACCUCUACUGCCCCAAAUGGAUCAAACAUCCAACCGAACCAUCGAAUCCCUCUCUUAUUUCAGAUCCGGAGAGGAGUCCUCUCAUGACCACCCCCGGGCAUAUCUCACCACUGAAUUGGAAUUCCAAACCAUUCUGCUGCCGGGCAACCCGAAUAAAUUCGGAACAAACCAUCCCCCGCUGCAGACACUCGAUGAUGAUCUGGAACCCCGGGUCCUGGAGAAACCGUGGAAACCGUCCGAUGGCCGUUCGCAUAGUUGGAGCGAAGCGGAUCGGAAACAUGAGCUUCAGGCGCGGUUGUUGAAUGUGGAGGAGGGUGUGAAUCAUGGGUUUACAGAGACUGAGUAGGAGAUUGCCUUGAUGCUGUAGGGGUAUUUGAUCCUGCUUUAGGAUGAGGGGUGGAAUGAAUGUGAAGUACUAUGAGGGGGGAUGGCAGGGUUGACAAGAUUGACGAAGGGCAACGAUUGGGGUUCAUUGCUGCUUGUUCCGGUAUCCGGCAGGAUGUGAUCAGGAUGAACGGGAGAAUGCAAAUUGCCAUCAGGAGAUAUCCAGCAGACUUGUAGUCUGUAGACACGUUAAGAGGUAUAUUCCGGUGAAUCGGGCCAGGUGACAAGGGCGCUAAACCGCAAGGGGCAACGAAUGCAUAUCCCCAAAAAAAGAGUCCGCC